AUGAAAUUGUCAGCUAGCCAAAUCACCACGGUCGUGGUACUGGGCAUUGCGCCCUUGGCUGUUGCCCAUGGCGCUCACGAAGCCGGCGCCGACGCCAUGGAGAUGGACAUGGGCAUGGCACAAGGCGCAGACGAGUCGAAAGCCGAAUCCAAAAGCUAUCCUCCAACAUACUUUGCGCUCGUCGACCAUGCCGGAAUAAUGUACGCACACAUUGGACUCAUGGUGCUUGCCUGGGUAUUUGUUCUGCCAAUUGCUGUGAUGCUUUCCAUUGCUCGCUCUAGAUAUACACUUGCGCUGCAAUUUGUUUUCAUGGCCGUCAAUGCGCUUGGAGUUCUCCUGGGAACAAUCUACAAUGCCAGCACGCCUGAUCUCUACCCCAAAAAUGCGCACCACAAACUGGGCUGGCUGGUGACUUGGGUUCUCUUGGCGCAGGUCCUGAUCGGCCUUGUUGGAAGAGUUGCUGGCGCUUUGAGGCACGACAGGCGCGGAACAUCCGACAGUAACCAAUACCAGUCAUUCAUUCCAGUAACUGCGGCUGCUAUGGCAGAGCACCACCGCGUUAACAGCUCUCGAUAUGCUAGCGAGUAUCGCCUGUCCAACGACAGCGGGCAGGGCACCGAGCCUUGUACCGAAUCGCUCCGGAGUCAUUCCCGCUCCUCAUCGUCCAAUGAGGUGUCCCCGCGCAACUCCGACGCCUACCUAAAGGAGUACGCCGAAGAAGAGGACGAUAUUGAAGAUGGCCUUCCCAUGCCCAUGCCGAGUAACAGGGACGAGAACACCACUGCCAACCCCAGGUCGACGAUUGCAAGAGUAGCGGGGAAGAUUCCUUCGCGCGUGUUGAAGGGCUUGGUCUUUUUCUACAACUCAAUCGAUAGACUUAUCUUGCCGCUGGGGUUUCUCACCUUGUGCCUAGGUAUUGUGACCUACGGGCGGUUCUUUGAGGGCAACGGCAUCUUCAGCGGUUUGGCGCAUUGGGUCAAGGGCGGCAUUUUCUUUUGGCUUGGCUUGUUGACCCUUGGUCGAUGGACCGGCAGCUUUGGUGAACUCGGAUGGGCGUGGAAUGUUCGACCGAAGCGUGCCGACAGCAAGUGGCGGCCCUCGGCCGAGUUUGUCGAGAGCGCCCUCAUUUUCGUCUACGGAUCGACCAACAUUUUCCUCGAGCAUCUUGGAAAUUGGGGAGGAGAAUACAGCGCGCAGGAUUUGGAGCACAUCUCAAUCACUGUUCUCUUCAUUGGUGGUGGACUGGUUGGCAUGCUUAUCGAGUCUAGUCGGGUUCGAGAGCUCUUGAACACAUCAGUCAUCAACGCUGCUUCUGAGCACUACCACGACGAGGAAGAGCAGAAGAAGGAUCUGCAACCGCCGAAGCAAUAUGAGUUCUCCAUUAACCCCAUCCCAGCACUCGUCAUCCUUCUCCUGGGCAUCAUGAUGAGCUCGCACACGCAGCACUCUAUGGUUUCGAGCAUGAUUCACAAGCAGUGGGGUAACCUCCUCACCGGCGCCUCUUUUGCUCGUGGGUUCUCGUAUGUCAUCAUGUACCUGAAGCCCCCAAAGUCCAUUCUCCCGUCUCGACCACCCACGGAGCUCCUUGCCUCAUUUGGCCUGCUUUCUGGUGGGAUCAUCUUCAUGGCGAGCGCUAGCGACACAGUCGAAGGCAUGGAGCACUACAAUUUGGAUGCCAUGUUCAUGUACACCGUGACCAUGGGUCUUGUAGGCGUCUUGAUGGCCUGGGUCAUCAUUGUGUUGGCCAUCAAAGGCUGGGCUGUGCGCAAGGAGGCCGGCCGCCGGUCGUAUCGGCUGCCCUGA